AUGGCCGAGUUCAACAAACACAAAGUGUGUAAAGGCUCGACCAGUUUUCGUGGACGAGGUCCGAGAUUUCACCCGUAUGCUACGAGAGGUUUUCGAGGCGGUUCAAUGCGUGGUAGAAGCCAGCGUGGCCACGGUUCUCAGUUUGGUUCUGGUUUUCAUCAGCGCCAGAAUUUUCAGAAUGUGCCCCAGUACGAGCGAAAGGCAAGCCACCAAAAGCCCACUCGCAACUGGUAUAUUGACUUAUUAACUAAUGUUAAAUCACUUAUUUCUGAGCAGCCAGGUUUUAGGGCUGGUAAUACUAAGCAUUGUGUUUCUAAAUGGUCAGAGAUCACAUCUGACCCAGAGAUUUUAGAUAAUAUAGAGCAUUGUCACAUAGAGUUCAUUGAUGACCCUUCUAAAUAUAGCAUUCCAGGGAAUCAGCAUUUUAAUGUCCACCAACAUGAUAUUAUUAGUAAGGAAGUAGAUAAACUACUGCAGCUUGGAGUCGUAUCAAAAUCGAUGCAUGCUGCGGGAGAAUGUAUAUCUCCAAUUUUUGUAGUACCAAAACCGGAUGGUUCAUAUCGACUGAUUUUUAAUUUUAAGCGCUGUAACCAGGCUGUUCUUUACAGACAUUUCAAAAUGGAUACGCUUGCUGCAAUUCUUAGUCUUGUUACUCCAGGAGCCUAUAUGGCUUCUAUUGAUUUAAAGCAUGCAUAUUACACUAUUCCUAUUGCAGACGAACAACGGAAAUUUCUCAAAUUCGUUUGGAAUGAACAACUGUAUGAGUUUUGUGUCUGCCCAUGGGGCUAA